AUACCUUACCAAUACAGGGAGGUCAAUCCGUACAAGAAGGAGAAGUACUUUCUCGACAUAAACCCUAAGGGCUUGGUCCCUGCUAUCGAGUACAAAGGCAGGCCGCUCGCAGAGUCGCCGAUUAUUUGCGAGUUUCUUAAGGACGCGUACCCCGAUCACGCACCUCACCUCCUCCCAAUCGACUCGUUCGAGCGUGCCUACGUGCGCUUCUGGAUCGAUCAUGUCUCCAAGAAUGUCAUUCCUGGCUUCCACCGUCUGGUUCAGGCGCAGGAACCGGACAAGCAGAAGGCCUACCUUGAGGAGUUCAACAAGUUGUUCAGGACGAUCGCCGAGAAGGUGAAAGGUCCCUACUUCCUUGGGAAACAGUUCAGCAUGAUUGACGUUGUGGUGGCGCCGUGGGUCGUUCGUGACUACAUCGUAAGGGAGCACCGUGGGUACACAAGAGAAGCAGUCGGUGGUGGGUGGAAGGAGUGGGCGGGGAACCUCGAGAAGAGGGAUAGUGUAGUGAAGACGUCUAGCGAUUUAGAACAUUAUGCACCUAUCUACGCUCGGUACGCGACGAGGCGCAGAACGAAGCCGCGAAGGCUAUCAGAGCUGGAAGAGCUAUUCCGUGAUGCA